CAAGUUUGCGUGUCUCUCUCUCUCCCCGUGGUCGCGUGGAUUUUUUCUUCCAGGUCCUCCGGAUUUUUUCCUCCACGCUUAGAAUCAACGUAUGUUUAGAGUAUUUGACUGCCGUUAUACAUUCACACAUCAUCCACUUCAUUGAGCUAUCAUUUGUGAUAGCCAGGUAGCUACGGAAAAAUCGUCAUAUAGCCCAUUGGGCCUGACCUGAUAAAAUACAUUUGUUUUAAAUCGUCUAGUUUAGAUCUCCGCUUGAAUCCCACACGAAGCCGAACUCUCGUUAAUAAUGGAAUCCAUGACCAAAAAAUGCCAAUUCGGCAGGAUCCUCCUGGAAACAAGGGUCUUGAGACUCGAUGGAGGUGUUCUUGACGAAUUUAUGGUGCAUUGAUGAAGUUUUCAAAAUAACACGGAAGGCUGAAAACAAAGACACAUGGCGAACAAAUUAACGGAUAGAUGAACACAUUGAUCAUGCAUCAAACAAGUAAUACAAUCCUCGAAUUUAUUCAUUAGUUUUUUUAUAUCAACAUUCAUUCGUCAUUCCCCAAUUUAUUCCUCGUCCCAUGAGCUCCGCGCGAUUUGGUGACAUUUGAACGACGAAAAUGACGUCAACGAUAAGGUCGGAGUGCCGGUGACGUCACAGCAGCGAUCCUCCAAUUAGAGUGCGGCAUUUAGUAAUUCCCUCGGUCCAUUGAAUGUGGAGCUUACCUUUGGAGCAAACCAUUUCUGGCAUACGCGGAAGGGAAGUAAGAAGCAGACAAAGCAACUAUCGCAAGCUAAAACCAUGGAGACGCCCAAUAGUUACGCAAUUUUGCGUGCGGUAAUAUUGGUUAAAGAUAUAAAAUAAUAAUAGUUAUUGACCCGAAGCAAUAUUUUGUUGACAUAAGGUAUUAUUGAGCAACGCCUCCCCCCUAAGGUUAAGGCUAUUUUUAGCUGCACCGGCUCGCCUUUAUAAAGGGUGGUGAGUGGCCGAUGUUCUACUCGCGACUGAACUCAGUUGCUGGAAUAAAGGUAGUCACAUAAAUAAUAAAGAUAGUCGCAUAAAUAAUAAAGAUAGUCUUCGUAUUUGGACAGUGGACUUAUCGAGCGCAACGGUGGAGUGAAGCAGAACCUCGGAGCCAGUCUCCGUUAUCGCUUUCUUCCAACCGAGAUUUUUCAUACCUCACCGUAUUCGCCGUCGUCGCCUAGAAGCCACUACCGGGAGAGGAUAGCCCUGGGCGGCGCCGCUCCCAGCAAUGAUGGCGGCGGGCUCGGUGCCCAACGAGAACCUCCCCACGUACAAGCUGGUGGUGGUGGGCGACGGCGGCGUGGGCAAGAGCGCCCUCACCAUCCAGUUCUUCCAGAAGAUCUUCGUGGCUGACUACGACCCGACCAUCGAGGACUCGUACCUCAAGCACACGGAGAUCGACGGCCAGUGGGCCAUCCUUGACGUGCUGGACACAGCCGGACAGGAGGAGUUCAGCGCCAUGCGCGAGCAGUACAUGCGCACGGGCGACGGCUUCCUCAUCGUCUACUCCGUCACUGACCGCACCAGCUUCGAGCACAUCGACAAGUUCCACCAGCUCAUCCUGCGCGUCAAGGACAAGGACUCAUUCCCCAUGGUGCUGGUGGCUAACAAGGUGGACCUGCUGCACCUUCGCAAGAUCUCGUCCGAGCAGGGCCGCGACAUGGCGGCCAAGUACAACAUCCCGUACAUCGAGACGAGCGCCAAGGACCCGCCGCUGAACGUCGACCAGGCCUUCCACGAGCUCGUGCGGGUCAUCCGGGAGCAGGUUCCAGAGAAGAAGAACAAGAAGAGGGAGAAGUGGCGGAGAGAGAGGACUCCCAGCGUGCAGUGCCAUUGCAUGCUCAUGUGACGCCCUCAUUCCUCCGUGCACCCGUACACAUCUGGCACGCACACGCACGCACAGACGCGUGUGCACUUGCAUUGUUGUGGUCAGCCUUGUCAGGACUCAUUUCCCAUCUCGCCCGUUCCCCACUGAGGCCAAUAUCGCCCAUGAUACCAAACCCCCUCUCCCCUCCCAUUACAGUACACCACGUCUUCGCGAUGGGACUGCGAAGCGCGGAUUUGUUGCAGCGGGGUUUGUGAAAUGUAAAGCGGGCGGGCGGGCGGGCGGGCGGGUUGGCGGGCGCUCGCAAGUGCGGCGAUCGUGGUGGGUGUACGCGAAAGUGGUGGGCGUAAUCGACGGGCGGACGAACCUGUGGACGACGCGAGCGUCGGCGGUCGAGUCUGGUUCUGGGGGUGGGGGGACGGGGCGUGGCGCAGGGUUUGGGAGAGUGUGGCGUGGGCUAUCCACUGUGUGCAGCCCCAUGGGUCGACGAGUCUGACGCCUAGGCGCCGGGCUAUGUAGAAGAGACAUUUUAUUUCGUUGCAGCGGGGUGGGAGGGCCCGUGCCAAUCACGGUCGGCGACUCGCGAAAGAUCGUGCUGGCUUGCGGCGCGCACCCCCCCCUUCUCAAGCGCCUUUCUACGCUACUCAGCGACGUGCAUUUUUCCACCCCCCCCCCCGUUAACUUAUCGUUUUGAAACGUGGCAAGUAAUUGUACUUUUACCAUUGCAAGGAUUUUUCUGCGAGCCAUUGCAAGGAUUUUUCUGCGAGCAGCGCACUUUCAUGGUUUUAUUCGAUGCCAUGUUGGAGGGCAUGGAGAGAAAGCCGCAGUGGGGAGAAACGGUUUGUUUUGAGAAUUGUGCGUAGAAUGUGAUUGUGUCGUUAUUUGUUUUGUAGUUGAAUUGUCCUUUUUACAAGAACAACACUAAACAGUGCCUCCCGAAAAGAGCUGCUUAACCAACGUCGCACGAAUGACCGGUGAUCUUCAGACUGAAGGUAAUUGAGUUUGUGUUAAGAAAACCACAACUCCCUUUGCGACUCAAUAUUAGCCAAGACAUUGGAAAACCUUUUUUUUUGUUGUUGUUGCCAAAACCAGGUGGGGCAGAGCGAAUGUUAAAUAUGUGAUGCCUUUUUGUAAGUCCAGUAAUAUACCGUUGUGUUUCAUUAUCGUGGCACCAAUCCCAUCGUUUGGGCAGAGCGUUGGCGCAGUGGUUAGUGCAUAUCACUAUAAGCCUGGCAAGCAGAGUUCGUUUCCUGGAAAUUCGAUGGUGAAUGCAAUCUGACCCCAGUCCACACUCACCAGUAUUAUGAAGUAGAGGUCGUUUAAGCAAUGACCAACAACACGGCGUGGGGAAGGCCUCAUCCAGCAGUGGGUUGACAACGGUCUCUAAAAUUACAUAUCAAAAUGUAAAAUGCCCCAAGUUUGAUUCCUGGCCACAACCAAUUAGCCAGGCUUUAGUGGCCUUUUAAUAUUGAGGUGAGGGUUGGUGGGGGGGUCGCACUAACUCCGGAGUGGGGACGUCGAGGUGCUGCUAUGCCUUGGCUUUGCCAGGAGAAUGCGGUACAGAAAAAAAUAUGGACUCCACAGGUUAAGUCCGUGUGGGAUAGAGCGUUUCCCCUUCGCGUGCGUGGGUUUUCUCCAAGCGCUCUGGUUUCUUCCCACAUGUAAAGCACUCAUUAAUUCGCCAAUAACACCUUAACAUACAGAGGACCCGCAGAGCUUGGGCAAUCAUUGGCGCCUGCUCUCCACGUGGUCUCCUUCCCGCUACUGCGGCUCCUCGCGUCUCUCGAGUCGUUCGCGCUCUUUCCAAGCGCGAGCAGAGGGUGCGCGCGUUACAAGUUUAAAUGGAAAAAAAAUCGCGCAACUUAUUCGAAUGUCCGUGGCCAGUGAUAUCUGAACCGUUUCUGGGCCCCUGCUUCACCCCGCACUGACCUGCGCGGUGAAGUAUGGUCAAACAAAUUCCCACGGUCGACACGGCGGUGGGGAAAAGGGGGGGGGGGGCCCUUCGCACAGUGGGAUUGGCAAAAGGCUGUGAGAUGAAUACAAAAUAGGAAGCUAUUUGAAAGUUUGGUUAUUCGCUACCCUUUGUGAAAGAGGUUAGCCGUGCCUCGCAAAGUUCUCCGUUUGCUAAGUGAAGGACUUUUACAUUGAAUGUAAACGUUUAGGAGAGCGACUGCUGUGUGUGGGUCUGCGUGGCCCAAUCGGCUUCUUCACUCUCCCGUCUUGUAAACCACUGCAGCCUGUUCACCGUUGAACACAAGUCGGUCGGUUAUGGCAGUAAUCACUACAUGCAGGGCAAAAAUGCAUUUGCUGUCUAAGAAGUUUUAACAAUAAAAGAAAGGUGAAUUUGU